AUGGCUCCGCUGUCCCCGCUGCUGCGGCGCGGCAGCUCUGCUAUACCCCCAGCUGAUGGUGGCGGUAGCGGCGGGGGCGCCCCCAUCGACGAUUACAGCCCAGCCGCUGCAACGGCGCACGGCGGCGGCGAAGCGUGUGAGCAUGGUAGAGCGGAGCCACCGUGCGACGGCGACCUUGACUUGGAGAAAGGAGCUGCCGGCAGCAACAACGGCCUUUUAAGGCGGCAGGUCAGCGGCGGCAGCGGUGGAGGCAGGGAUGGCAGCCCAUUCGCUGCUGCUGCAGUGGGCGCUGCGGUUGCGUCAGGCCACGGGACGCACCGCAAGCCUCGCGGCGAGAAGCAGAAGAAGGCGCCCCUUGUGUCAACCUACUGGCUGAAAAUUGACUUCAUGGGGCGGGACACCAUGAUCCGGGUUGACAAGCAUAAGCUCAUGCACAAGCUGGGUGUUCAGGCUCGUGAUCUGCGGCUGCUGGACCUUACAUCUGCAACGCCGCCCGCCAUUCUGGGCCGUGACAAGGCCAUCAUCGUCAACUUGUGGUACAUGAAGGCCAUCAUCACCCUGGAUUACUGCCUGGUGGUCUCCCCGGACUCCAUCGCGGAUAACGAGGAACGCCAGGCGGUCUCCGCCGGCCAGAAGUUCAAGUCAUAUGUUGGCCUUAAUAGCGCCGCAGGAUACGGCUCCCUGCAGCUGCCGUUUGAGCUCAAGGUGCUGGAGGUGUGCCUAGACAUGACAGCCGCGAAGCUUGAACAAGACAGCAAGAAGCUUGAGGGGGACGCCUACCCUGAUUUGGACGCGCUGUCGCACAAGGUUAACGCAAUCAAUCUGGAGAGGGCGCGGCGAAUCAAGAACUGGCUGGUGCGGCGGACGCGGGACGUGGAGUCGGUGCGAGAGGUCCUGGAGCGUUUCCUCAAUGACGAUGGGGACAUGCACCGCCUUCACCUCACCGGUGCGGAGAUGUCGCGGCAAGUAUCCAUGCGGCCUGGAGAUCUGAGCCGUCUUUCGGCGGGACUGGUGAGCUGCGACUCCUCCUCUGACUCCUCCAUAGACGAGGCUGAGACGGCGGCGGUGGAGAUGUUGUUAGAGGCGUACUUCAUGCAGAUCGAUCACACGUACAACCGACUGCAGAACCUAGACGAGUACAUCAAGGACACGGAGGACCUGGUGACGAUCAAGUUGGACCAGCACCGCAAUCAGCUCAUUACAAUUGACCUUCUGCUCACGUCGUUCACCGUCGUGCUCAACUUGAUGACGGUGGUAGGCGGCUACUUUGGCAUGAACCUCAACUCCAACCUGCAAGAGGAGCCGCACCUAUUCAAGGCCGUGGUGCUAUCCACAACGCUGGGCGGCAUCGCGCUUUUUGUCGCCUUCCUGAUUUUUUUGGCGCGCCAGAAGCUGCUGGUUUAUUGAGCGGGGCCACAGCUGGCUCCAGCUCCUACAGAAGUCUUGCCGGGCAUGACGCGGCGCGGAACUGUUCUGCGUCGCACAAAGAAGAGCGAGCGCUGCACGGGCCGAUGCACACUUCCUUACACUGCAGGCGGCAAGCCAGUAGGAUGCUGAGCAUGAAGGAGAAACGACAGGCGGACAUUCUACGCUAGCAAAGGUUGCAAGCUGCUGCCAUCCUGGUUUUGGCUGCUGGUGCCUCCCUGCUACUGGC